AUGGAACCCAUUUCUAAAUUUCCCUAUGCACAUCAACCCAUAAGAUCCAAUAGUUUUUCCAGUAGAGUACACCCUGCUUCUGAAAGAGUUGAAGCACUUCUAAACCACCUUAAACCUCAUCAUUCUCAACAUGUCUCAAGUACUAUUUGUUUGGAAGCUGAGACAGUUCAGAAUGACUUAGUUAUGCUUGCAGAGGUAUACAAUUGCAUGGAGGAACUCUUCCACUCUCCACAGACCCAACAAACCCUUCUUCGCUACCAAGAUGGGAAACUAGUAGAAGAAGCAUUGAGUGACUCAGUCACAUUGCUAGACACAUGUGGGUGUGCAAGGGACUUAUUGUUGGAUCUCAAGGAACACAUGCAAACCCUUCAUUCAGCCAUACGUAGAAGAAGAGGGGAUUCAAGCAUUGAAAGCAGCAUUUCUGCUUAUGAUAGCUUCAGGAGGAAGGCAAAGAAAUUAAUUGCAAAACAACUUGGUCAGCUGAAGAAAAUGCAAAACAAAGUUAAUUCAUUUUCUCUUGUGGAUCAAGAUCAGCAGUUAACUUUUUUGGCUAGAGUUCUAAGAGAAGCAAGCACCAUCACCAUCUCUAUAUCACGUUGUUUAUUAGUAUUCUUGUCUAUGCCAACACUUGGAACAAAAGGGUCCUCUUUGAUCUCAAAAUUGAAGCCCAUGGUAUUGUUUUCUUCCCAGAAAGAACACAAGAACACCAACGGGGUUGCAGAUCUCAGCAAUGCUCUUAGCUCCCUACUUGGAAGAGAGAAAAACCGUGAUUGCAAUGGUGAAUUUCAAAGGGCAUUAAGAGUGUUAGAGACACUAAAUGUUAAUAUUGAUGGUUUGGAGGGUGGGUUAGAUUGCAUAUAUAGAUGUUUAGUGAAAAAUAGAGUGUCGUUUCUGAAUAUGCUUACUCAGUAG